GGGGGGGAUUCGCCUGUGGAUCUGCGAGGUGGUGCUGCGUAGCUACGACUGGCUGCCGCGCAUGGCGUUUGCCUUGUUCAAGUAUGGUCGGGCGGCCGUCGGCGCCACCGGGCGCCUGCAGCGCCACCUGUCCACGGCAGGGGCGGCCGCCGAGAACGCCGCGGUGCGCCGGGACCUGGCCGCCUCGCACCGCGCCCUCGACCGGCUCCACCUGAAUGAGGGCAUCUGUAAUCACCUGAGUGCGCUGGCGCCGGCACGCAGUGGCCAGGGCCAGGUCAUGCUGCUGGCCCCAUUCCACCAGGGGUUCGGCGAGGUCACGCCGGAGUCGCUGCUGGGGCUCAACCUGGAUGGAGAGGUGGUGGAGGGUGUCGGCCAGCCGGAGCUGAGCGCCUUCUCCAUCCACCUGGGCCUGCGCCAGAGCCGGCCCGGGCCGCGCACCAGCUGUGUCUUCCACACCCACAUGCCGUACGCCACGGCCCUGGCGUGUCUGAAGGAUCCGCGCCUGCGCAUGGUGCACCAGAACAGCCUGCGCUUCCACCAGCGGGUCAGCUACGACACGGAGUACGCCGGUCUGGCCACGGCGCUGGCCGAAGGGCAGCGGCUCGGGCGGAAGCUCGGUGAUGCCGCCGUGCUGUUCAUGGGAAAUCACGGCGUCCUGGUGGUAGCAGAAACGGUUGCUGAGGCUUUUGACAGCACGUACUACUUGGAGAGAGCCUGCAUGGCGCAAGUGAUGGCCCAGUGGACGGGUCAGCCUCUGGCCGAGAUGAGCCCGGAGCAGUGCCAGCAGAUGGCGCCCGUGAUGCAGGCCGCGGCCAGGGAGCUGGCCGGGCCCCAUCUGGACUACGUCGCUCGCCAGCUGGCCCGGCACGAUAGCCUGCUCUCAAACUGACCGCUGCCGGCUGGUGGACCCGCGCGCGGCUCCAGACCCACUCUCAAACUGACCGCUGCCGGCUCAGCCAGGCUCUCAAACUGACCGCUGCCGGCUGGUGGACUCGUGCACGGUUCCAGCCCGGCUCUCAAACUGACCGCUGCCGGCUGGCGGACCCGCGCGCGGCUCCAGACCCACUCUCAGACUGACCGCUGCCGGCUGGUGGACUCGUGCACGGUUCCAGCCCGGCUCUCAAACUGACCGCUGCCGGCUGGCGGACGCGCGCGCGGCUCCAGACCCACUCUCAGACUGACCGCUGCCGGCUGACGGACUUGCGCGCGGCUCCAGCCCGGCUCUCAGACUGACCGUUGCCGGCUGGUGGACUCGCGCGCGGCUUCAGACUGGCUCUCAAACUGACCGCUGCCGGCUGGUGGACUCGUGCACGGUUCCAGCCCGGCUCUCAGACUGACCGCUGCCGGCUGGUGGACUCGCGCGCGGCUCCAGCCCGGCUCUCAAACUGACCGCUGCCGGCUGGUGGACUCGUGCACGGUUCCAGCCCGGCUCUCAAACUGACUGCUGCCGGCUGACGGACCCCCGCGUGACUCCGGCACCGUGGCGCGGGGGGGGGGGGGGGGGCGGGCGCAGCGGCGGGAGCUGUGCGCCCGUCCGGGACGUGUGUGACUAUGUACAUGGGGGGCUAUCGUGGACUGUGGGGGACACGCUUCUGGUGUUGAAUCGGGUGAUAUUCCGCCGCGUGACAGAUCCUUCCAUGCGGCAUGGGGCGUAUGACUGUGAUAUAUAAACUUGGCAAAUGCUCAUCAAAGGUGCAAUAAACU